AUGGAAUAUGUUAGAAAGACUGAUAACCAAGGGAACAUCAUAAGGUUCAAGCGAUUCCAAGGACGAUGUUUCAAUAAAGACAUUCCUGGCAAUGUGGGAGAUCAACUUGAAAAGGUAGCGAACCUCCAAUGUAGGCCGGAUGAUGUGUUGCUUUGCACAUAUCCAAAAUCAGGUACACAUUGGUUGUUUAACACGGCCAGGAUGUUACAAAUGGGAAUUAUUCAAUAUUCCGGAACUCCGGAGAUGAUUGAGCACCAGGAUCUUAGAGUUAUUGACAACAUGAAAUUUCCAAGGAUGUUCCAUACUCACUUGAAUUAUCAAUUUAUUCCUAAGAUGGCAAAGGAUGGACAACUUAAAAUAAUCUACUUGGUGCGAAAUCCAAAGGACGUUGCCUGCUCCUCUCAUAUCUUCCAGAGUAAACUUCAAAAUGCUAGUUACACUGGUAACUUCGACGGAUUUCUCAACGCAUUCCUAUCGGAAGAAUUUUUAGGUUAUGAUGGGUCCUGGUUUACCCAUACAAAGGAAUGGAAUACUGCGAGGCUGACUAAUCCGGAUCUUAAAAUAUUGUUUCUAAAAUUUGAAGAUAUGAAAAAGAAUCUCCAUACGAAUAUUGUGCAGAUAGCAAAGUUUUUAGAAGUCAACGACGAGGAAAGAUUUUUGAAAAAGGUUGAAGAAGCUGUCGGAUUUGAAAAUCUUAAGAAAGAACAUGCGACAAGACUUGGAGAGAGUGAUAGAUGGAAACACCUUGGAGAUAACGGGAGAAUGCCCAUAUAUAGAAAAGGAAUUGUUGGUGAUUGGAAAACCAAAUUCACUGUAGCACAGAAUGAAAAAUUUGAUGAAGUCUUCGAGGAAAAGAUGGAAGACAUAUCUGCCAGCCUUGACAUUGUCUACGAGUGA